UGGGUGGAGCCGCCCCCCACCGCGGGGGCCCCAGGGCUGGAGGGAGUGGAGAACAGGGCAGAGGGCGAGGGCAGAGGGCGCUGGCGGCAGGGGCCGCAGAAGAUGAGCAGCAGCUGCUCAGGGCUGAGCAGGGUCCUAGUGGCUGUGGCUACAGCCCUGAUAUCUGCCUCCUCUCCCUGCCCCCAGGCCUGGGGCCCCCCAGUGGGGAGGCCGGGGAGGAAGAGCCUCACCUCAGAAGUGCCCUCCACAGGGGUCCAGUAUGGGCAGCCUGGCAAGUCUCUGGUGCUGUGUUGUCCUGGAGUGACUGCUGGAGCCCCAGUGUCCUGGUUUCGGGGAGGUAUGCAACCAGAGGACCCAUGGCUGCUCCAGGGAUCGGACUCUGGGCUAGGGCCUGAACUGGUCCUAGCCCAGGUAGAUAGCACUGAUGAGGGUACCUACAUCUGCCGGACCCUGGAUGGUGCACUUGGGGGCACAGUGACCCUGAAGCUGGGCUAUCCCCCAGCCCGUCCUAUUGUCUCCUGCCAAGCAGCUGACUAUGAGAACUUCUCCUGCACUUGGAGUCCCAGCCAGGCCAGCGGUUUACCUACCCGCUACCUCACCUCCUACAGGAAGAAGACAGUACCAGGAGCUGAUGGCCAGAGGCGGAGUCCGUCCACAGGGCCCUGGCCAUGCCCACAGGACCCUCCAGGGGCUUCCCGCUGUGUGGUCUAUGGGGCAGAGUUCUGGAGCCAGUACCGGAUUAAUGUGACAGAGGUGAACCCACUGGGUGCCAGCACACGCCUGCUGGAUGUAAGCUUGCAGAGCAUCUUGCGCCCUGACCCACCUCAGGGGCUACGGGUAGAGUCAGUACCAGGUUAUCCAAGACGCCUGCAUGCCAGCUGGACAUACCCUGCCUCCUGGCCCCGCCAGCCCCACUUCCUGCUCAAGUUCCGGCUGCAGUACCGUCCAGUGCAGCAUCCAGCCUGGUCCACGGUGGAGCCAGCUGGAUUGGAGGAGGUGAUUACAGAUGCUGUGGCUGGGCUGCCCCAUGCUGUACGGGUCAGUGCCCGGGACUUUCUGGAUGCUGGCACCUGGAGUGCCUGGAGCCCAGAGGCCUGGGGGACUCCAAGCACUGGUCUUGGUUCUGCCUGCAGGACCUGGCCCUGCCCCCACUACUUGUGGACACUUCUCAGGUAUGGCCUUCCUUUAGGGACCCUACGGAAGGAAAUACCAGCUGGAGGCCAGCUACACGUGCAGCCAGAGGCAGAACCUCAGGUGGACAGCCCGGCUCCUCCAAGGCCCUCUCUUCAACCAGACUCACUGCUGCUUGAUCACAGAGACACCCUGGAGCAGGUGGCUGUGCUAGCGUCUUUGGGAAUCUUCUCCUUGCUGGGACUGGUUGCUGGGGUCCUGGCCCUAGGGCUCUGGUUGAGGCUGAGACGGAGUAGGAAGCAUGGACCCCAAAAGCCUAGGUUCUUGGCUCCAAUGAUUCCAGUGGAUAGGCUUCCGGGAGCUCCAAACCUGUAGAGGACCCACAAGGGCUUUAGCUGAUUCCACCUAUAACUCUGUCUUGCUGGUGCAGAUGAAUGGACAGAUAGAACCCAGGCAGGACAGUAGAUCCCUACGGACAGGGUCACAGGUGGAAGUUUUGUUUGGAGCCAAUUUCUGUGAGACCCUUUACCAGCUGAAAGGUGCCUGGAUCUCUGAUUGCAUCCCACAGCUGGAGUUCCACCUGAGGAAUGUGUGCAGAUGUGUAUAUUUGUGUCCAUGUAUAUGUGAAACAGGGAACGUUGUGUUCUCUUUUUGGUGUAUAUAUGUAGGUACCUGGGGAGUGUGUGUGGGUCAUUGGCUCUUGGCCUUGCCCCUUGCAGGGGCUGUGAAGAUGCAAAUAAAGAGAAUGAGGAAGUUCUCGAAAA